GGUACGGAUGGCUACUACGAAACGUUUCAAGCAAGGCCAAAUGACUGGAGAAACAAUGCGUGCAAUCGAUAUUGAAAAUGGGAGCGGGCCAAUCUCCAGUCUCUUUUUAAACAAUGAUAUUCCCAAACCCGAACCUUCUAUUUCUCAGGCCCUAGUAAAGAUCCAUUCGUUUGGUCUCAAUCGAAUGGAUUUGAUGCAGCGGGAGGGGAAAUAUAAUGUACCCCCACAAGCGGGGAACAUACUGGGUGUGGAGUUUUCCGGGGUAAUUGAACAACUUGGGGAUGGGGAUAUUGGGGAUUUCAAAGUUGGUGAUGAGGUUUUUGGACUCGCGUAUGGUGGUAUGAUAAUUUUUUCGUGUGGUUUUUGGAGGGUGCUGAUGGUUCAACGGGAGCAUAUGCUGAGUACAUCGCGUCAUCGACAAAAAUGCUCAUCCACAAACCGGCUCAUCUAUCUUGGUCUGUAGCUGCUGGGAUCCCGGAGACAUGGAUAACAGCAACCCAAGCUUUGCAUCUCGUUGGGUGUUUUAAACCAGGAGAUAAUGUUCUCUGGCAUGCUGGAGCAUCUGCAGUGUCCAUUGCUGGAAUCCAACUAUCCAAAGCUGCCGGGGCCAACAAGAUAAUCAUCACUGCUGGCUCGGAUGAGAAAAUCGCUUUCUGCAAAAGUUUGGGCGCAACGCAUGGCUUCAAUUACCACGCCGAAAAUUGGGUCCAGGGAGUUCUAGAUGCAACUGACGGACGCGGAAUAGAUGUAAUUGUUGACUUCAUUGGGAAGAAUCACGCCCAGGGAAACUUUGAAGUCGCAGCAAUGGAUGGAAGAAUUGUCCAACUGGCUAGUCUUAGUGGAUACAAACUUGACGGAUUAGACAUCACUCUCCUCGAAAAUAAGCGUUUGCGAUGGGAGGGAAGUAGACUAAGAAGCAGACCUUUAGAUUACCAGGGGAAAUUAAGAGAUGUGUUGGCCGAAACUGCGUUGCAAAAAUUUACAGAUGGUACUUUCAAGGUUCCUAUCGAGAGGGUGUUUUCCUGGAAAGAUAUUAGGGAGGCUCAUGCAUUUUUGGAGAGCAAUCAGUCGAAAGGUAAGAUUGUGUGUACGGUGGAUUGAUGGUAUGGUUUGAUUGGCCGGAGUCAUAUAUAGCAGCAUGCAUCAAAAUAUGAUGAAUAUAUGUAGCCAACAAGAUUCCUUAUUAUUUUUGAUCAACGCAAUCACCGAUUAUGAAAGAAUACAAACUAAACAGCAUCUUCAAAAUCUCAUGUUUGACUCGCGCCGCACUUUUUAUUCUGCGCUUGAACUUCUUCAUUGUCUACUUAAACCUUACACACUCACAACAUUGUAAUCUUCGCAAAUAAUUUCAUCGAAAUGGGCACCAGCGGCAGAGAUACAGCAAACUGGGCUACUCCAAGCCACCCGACGAUGAACGAGAAACACAAUGGUACUGGAUUAUUCGAGGUGUCCAAGAAGGAGCUGCACUGUUGCCAAUCUUGAAUGGUGAUCUUAAGCAUUUGGUGGAAGUGGAAGUCGACUUCGAUAAUCCUUUUGCGGACUACUCGUACUUUUUCGAUUUCCAGAGGAUGACUUUGGAAACGCGGUCCUGGCACAAGAUGGUUCACACAGUGAGCUUUCAGGCGUUGGCGGAAUCAGAACAGGAUUGUGUGAAGGGAAGGUGCUAGAGAAGAGACUGGCGGAGGAGAAGUAAACUAAAUUCAGGGUGGACCUGAGAACGGCUUAGACCAAAAACAGACAACCUCUCGCCGCAACCAAAGAGGUUACGUCGCAUUCGAAUGAGAAUCACAUUGCGCAUGUUGUAGAUAGUCAAACGCUUUCAUCGUCUCUUUACAUGUUCCUGUCUUCGUGUGUUGCAAUGAGCUGAAUACAUCAUAAUUACCCGGUCAGUAAGAGAUGUAAAAAGCGCCAAUAUCGCAUUUCACUUUCUUUCCGCGUUACAUGAAACCGUUGUAUGUGAUGGGCAAGACCCUUCUUAAGAUCGCUGCUCUGGAGACACAAACACAGAUUUCAUUGACAAGGUGUGGUAAGCAUCGCAAAAAGAGGUAUCGAGAUAAAGUGGGGGCAAUAUAGGCA